AUGAGCACUAUCACUUCAUCCAACGGUAAAGCUGAAAGUGUGACCGUGAGGAGAACUGAAUGGUCAGAUGCUGAAGAGAUCAAUAAUCUGAUCAGUCCUGCAGCUGUUGCCGUGUUUGGGAGACUCAGUGUCAUCAAUCUCCUUGAGAAAGCUAAUUUAGCCGUGACCCUGAGCUCCAGUAAGAAUGAUGUUUUGGCCCAUGCGUCUUUCUCAGAUCACCCAAUAGAAGAGCUGGUGGAUCAGGCAUGCUGGGAGAAUCUGCUUCAGAGUUACUCCAGUGCAGAGAAAUUGACGGUAGGAAGACCCAUGAACACUCUCUUCCUGCGGCUGUUUGUGGCUCAACCUGGCUUCUCCAUAGGGGGCGCUAAAGAGAUAGUCAGGACUGUUUUCAGUGCGAUUGUGGAGCUGGAACACAUCUGUCUCCUGACCCCAUAUGGAGGUGCACUUGAGGCAGCGCUGCAGAAGAUCUUUGAACCCAUGACUUCUGUUACGGAUGAAGCUCAGUAUUCAACUUAUGUUUGUCAUCGACACAAUCACAGUCCUCGACUGCACAUCCGCAAAGCCAGAGUGGAAGAUCACGAUGACCUCAUGCACAUAUUUGGAGAGCAGAUCACGCCACUGGUGGAGACACACGGGCCGUUCGUCCUGUCUGAGCUCAUCGAGACACAAGACCAGGAACACCACACAGCCGUCUGUGAAAGUGACGGAGCAGUCGUUGGCUUCAUCAGUGUGAGCGCUCACACGAAUCUGAAGCUUCUCAACAAGUGCUUUGAACUUGGAGCAUUUGAAGGACUGAGAAAGACAGAUCCAUCUCAACAAGAGGAACCGCAUCAACUGCAGGAGGAAAAUCCUGCCACUGAUGCUCAGCAAUCUGAUGAAACCAAUGAACCUGUGGAAGGUGAACAGACGACAGAGGAAGAGAUGGCAAGAGGAGACCAGUCUACUGACAUAUCUCAGUCAGAGCACACUGAGUCAUGCAUUAAAGAAACAGUGGACUGCUGUGAAGAUUCUGAACCAGACGGGCCUCCUAAUGCAUUCUGCAUCCAGCUCUUCACCAUGGAAAAGAAGUUUGAAAUGAGAUCAGCCGAUUUCCUGCCGUACCUGUUCAAACUUUUCCCGGAGCGGGAUUUCUGUGUAAUCUCUGUACCUAAGCUGGCUGCAGAUUUCCCGCUGCUGCAGUCCUUCAUCAGAGUCUCUCCUCGUGACACCAGCACUUUUCCGCAGGAACUCUACCUGUGUCACCGAUGGGGUCUGACCAGGAGAUUGGAGGUGCGUGUGGCGGUGUCGUCAGAUAUCCCAGCAGUCCAGAGUUUAACAGAAAGUCUCAGCCAGAGAAAGUCUAUCAUUGAAGAUCUGGAUCUGUUCCUGCAGGCCCGAAAAAACUUGGACGGAACUGCUCUUCAGGCAUUCGUGGCUCAUGUUGAGGGCCGAGUUGUUGGUCUGAUAAUCACCAGAGAUGAAGAGGACAUUGAGUUCAUCCGAGCGAAUUUUGACAUUGAGCGGUUCAUGUACUUCAGCCACAAUCAGCGAGAGGAACACGCUCGACUGUGCCAUUUUCUCCUCAGUCCUGUUUUCCAGCAUCACACCAAGUAUAUCUUCAGAGAGGUGCUGCGUUUGGCACACAAGUCCUGUCUUUAUUACCUCCUCCAUCCACCCCAUCACUGUCAUAAGAAUGUCAGCGCUCACUCUCUGACAGCCGUGCUGAACUUCAUGGUGCCUGUGAGUCCGAGACGACAGAUAAUAUACCCGCUGGAGGAGCUGGGCAUCAACGCACCGUCCCAGCAGAUCACCAAACCACAGGCACCUUUUGCGCUGUACCACACAAACAGAAAACUGUCCAUGGAGCCGAAGGUCACCAUCAAUGCCAGAAUUGUGGUGGUGGGAGCAUCAGACACGGCUUUAGCGUUUCUCGAAGCUCUAACAUUCUGUCCUCAUCUGAGAUUCAACAACCUGAGCCUCAUCUCCACUCACGCUCUCCCAGAUCACAGCUCUGAUGACUGCAGCACAUUUCUGGCCACGAGUCACUGCUAUAGUGAUCGGGAUCAGUGUCAGAUGUCUCUGCGCUCUUGGAUCAGCGUUGUGAUGGGGAAGAUGAAGGCCAUCGACCGAGAGGACAAACACGUGAAGCUGAUGGACGACAGCAGAGUGAAGUUCGACUAUCUGAUCCUCUGCACCGGCCUGCAAUAUCAGAUGCCCAAUCUUUCCAAUGCUGACGUCAUUACCCAAACCUCCUACAGUCCAAAACCCAGAGCAACCCAACCCAGCGUCCCAUCAAACCUCUUCCUCCUCAACGACCAUCAGGACUGCUUUGUCGCCCAUCACUGGCUCACCCACAACUUCACACAGCAAACAGGUGAUGUGGUGGUGUAUGGAAACACUUUAGACGUGUUCACCUGUGUGGAGACUCUCAUUGGUCUCGGUGUCAGUGGCCGCAGGAUUCAUGUAGUCCAUCCUCCUGAAGAUCAACCGUCCUCCUGUUUCCCCGACGCUUCGGUGGAGCUGGCAGUGAAACAGGCUCUAGAAAAAGAGGAAGUCCAUGUUCAUCACAACUGCCUGUUGCUGCAGAUCAAUGAUGGACAACACACAGAUCCUGUGACAUCUGCCUCUUUCAGCACCGAUGGAGAGACUCUACAGCUGGAGUGUGCGGUGUUCUUCAGCUUCUCUCAUAAAAGCGUGGACUGCGACGCUUUCAGGGCCAUCAAUAAUGCAUGUUUGGUGUUUGAUGGGCGACUGGUUGUAGACAGCAGCUUCCACACCAAUGACCCCUCCAUAUACGCCGCAGGCCCCAUGACCAAAUACUCCCGCCGCUACCAUGCAGAUGAGUGGAGCCAUUGCUGCUUUCAAUCCAAAGAGGUGGGCCAGAGUUUGGCAUCUGUCCUCCUGGCCCAGUGUGACCCGACCCUGGAGCGUCCCGUCGGCCCUCCGUCUGACCAGCUCCACCUCAUUCCACUCUACAGCCAGGCCAAGACACAAGGGGGAAGGUUACCAGGAGGAUACCAUUACCUUCAUGUGGCAAAACCAGCCUCCAGAAAAACUCCAUCAGCUCAGAAAGGUCGUGAUCUGGUGACGGGCUGUGCUGAAUCGGGGAACUACUUUCACAUCCGCCUCAGUCAGUUUGAUGUGGUGGAGGAAAUCACGUGUCUGUCUAAGACUCCACUUCCUGUCUCCAACCUGCAGAGUCUCUACAGUAAACACCAGCGGCUGCUCAACAACAUCUGCUCACGAUACGAUGAGGGAUUGAUCCGGGACAUGUACAGUUAUUUUAGAGAGAACUGGUGCUUGGCUCUGUAUCAUGAUCGUUUCGCUGACUUUGAACAGGAAGUACGUCAGAUCAUGGACUCGGCUAUAUUACAGGAUGAGAGCGGUUCAGUGUCACUUGAAGAGGCUCUUCAGCAGAUCGCGGAUGAUCAAGCAGAGUCUGAUCAGCUCGUGAGCCUCAGCCAGACGUUUCAGAAGAGCCAGGCUUACUCUGCUCUGAGGAACAGCGUUCUGGAUUAUCUCAAGUACAACAGAUACCAUCUGAGCAUGUACGCGCGCCCGGGACUGCUAUAAUCAAUAUCCAUUUCAUAUUAGGAGCAUUUACACGCUGCUUUAUCUUGU